GUCUCCUGUUAGAGCCAGCGAUCGCAACCGAAAUUCACUUGAGACAACCUGUGGCUUUCACUGGGUGUCCAUUGACGAUGGGUUGUGAUAGGACUCUUGGAUCCGCACUUCAGGCAAUGCUAGCUCAGAACCUAUACCAGAAGUGAUAUAUUUUUUGUGGUUUAAAGUACUUAUUGUCGCGAAGCAAUACGUUUGGGUCUCAGAAAUGAGGGAGGAUUUUCCAAUGGAAUCAUGUUGGAGUUUUCGCUCAGUCAGAGGCAAGCCAGAAAACCGCUACACAGUGGAAGGGGUUGGGAGGCUGAGGAAACCAAAAGGGAAGAGCAGGUUUGAGCCCAGGAAAGUGGAUAGUUUGGAGGAAGCCCAUCUGCAGAUACAGGAGCUUAACAAGAGCCUCAACAGGCAGACUCCAAACAGCUCACAAAACAUUGAUGAGAGAGGCUUUGAGAGGUCUGAGGGUGAUCUGGCGCGGAAUAGUUUUAUAAAGCACAACAAGACAUUCCACAAGAUCUUUCUAGACAUUCCUGAGAGCGAGGAAUUGACACACUCGUUCACCUGUGCACUGCAGAAGGAGGUGCUCUAUCAAGGCAAGCUCUUUGUGUCUGACAACUACGUGUGCUUCUACUCAUCGGUCCUGCUCAAGGAUACCAGAGUGGUGAUCCAUGUAUCGAAUGUGCAAGCUGUGAAGAAGCAGAACACUGCCCGACUGGUGCCCAACGCCCUGUCAAUCCACAACAACGAGGGAGAGAAGUAUUUAUUUGUGUCUUUGCGGAAUCGCGAGGCCUGCUACAAGCUCCUGUGUUCAGUGUGUCCAAACAUGGAGAAGAGUGGUCAAAGCAGCCCGGUUGUCUCCUCAGCAGAGAAUAGCAUUGAUCCCGGGAAGGACACGAACACAAGCGAGUCAAGUCUGGAGGACUCCCUGGAUCCCCUGGAUGACAGAGACUCCAGUGUCCAGUUGAAAUCACCCUUGUCCAGGUUGCUCAGAACCUCAAGGACCCGAGAGAGCAGCUCAACUUCUACAGAUAAGGACGACAGUUCCAGUGACGAAAACACAGAUCAAUCUUGGAUUUGGUCCAUAACUGAGAAGGCCAAGUCGUUCCUAAUAUUGAGAGAGUCCAAUAACUUCAACAAUCUCCUCAUCAUCUACGUACUUCUUGUGCUGCUUCUCCUACUGACGUCAGGGUACAUCGGUCUGCGCAUCAUGGCUCUCGAGGAGCAGCUGAGCUCCAUGGGGGCGCUGCCAGAGUUCUCUCUGCAGAGUGGGCACAAAGACACAUCGGAUUUUGGACAAGGGGAAUGAAGAAAGAAGAUUGCUUAACUCAUUCCAUGGACAAUACUGGAGAGCCUUUUUUUAAAUCAUAAUUUUAAAUAUAAGUGAUGCUCAACAUUCCACCUCCGCAGUGAAUGUUUUUUUAAAAGACUGAGGCUGGACCUCAGCUAGUUUUUUAGGACAAGCAUGUCUGCCUUACGAAAGUGGAGUGGUGUGGUCAGUUCACACGUGAAACUGAAGACAGCGGGCCUGUCUGCGGACUGCUUAGUUUAAUGUUGAACUUUUAUCUUUUUUUACACACUUUGUUAUGUUUUCUUCCAGAAGUAACAGAAAUGAAGUGUAACCUCUGUAGGAAGGAGCACAAUAUAUAUAUAUUUUUUCUGAAUAAACUUUCAACGUACUUUGUCACUAAAAAACAAAAAGCCUAGUCACCUGUGUGCAUUUAGACUAUCAAAAAAAUAAUUCUUCAUUUUGUUUGGAGCCUUUAUAUUUAAGGGUGAUCAUACAGUCUCUUAAAUUAGGAAUGUUGUCUCCUUUCUCAGUUUUACAUAUUGGUUAAAAGACUAUGAAUAUAACAUCUGAAAUUAUAGGAAUAUGACUUGUUGUAAGCAAUUUAUCAAUCAUAUCACAUUUGCAGCAUAUACUAUGCAUAUCACAUGAAUUUACAAUAAUCUGAAAUUUUGUUUAAAUUUAGAUAUAUCCUCCUGAUACCAGGCAGAAAAAUUGUUUAAGUACUUUAGUUGUUGACAUAAUACAAGUAUCCUGGAUGAUAAAAACAUGCUGCAGUGAAGAUAUUUUGAAAAAUAUUAAAAUUUUUAUUGAAUGUCCAUUUUAGUGUAGAUUACUCCAAAUACAGUGAGCAAAAAUGAAUUGCCAGGAUAUAAAAUAUGUAUUUUGCUUUUCAUGUGAAAUACUAUGUCAUAUUUUACCAUACAUGACCUUUUAAUUAAUUCACAAUUCCACGUACUUAAUCUUACUUAAUCUGAUUAUUGUUGACAUAACUUUCUGUGGUGUUGACAAUAGCUGUGUUAGCUGGGAAUAAUCAGCCAAACGGUUUGCUCAUCUAUCUAGUAAUCAGCUAAUCCCCUACCCACAAUAUUAAAUCUUAUACCCGAAGCAUGUGUCAGCUUCUAAAAAAUGGCUUUGAUUGUUGUAUGCUUACACGACUAAAUGAUUAAGCAAAGCAUUGGUAAGUAAAUCAGUAGAUAUCAGUAGCGUCCAUGCUCAUUGUUUAUGAUGGUCCUUGUGUCAUUUUCAAGCAGGAGGGAAAUUAAAAAUGCUAAAUAUUUCUAAAAGCUCUUGCAGGUUAUUUAAAAAACAGCUCCAUGUUUCUAUGUUUAUUUUUAAUUUAUCAUAUUAUUAUGAUACUGAGAGAUAUUUAUGUGACUAAAGGUACAUCAGUCAAUGGAUUCAGACCAAAUUUUUUCUGGGUUUAUAAUGGACUAUAUUAAGCAUCAGAAAAAUUUUAGAAAUCAAAUGCAUUGCAAUAUUGACAGUGCAGUCUGUAAGUAUUCAGACGCAUAUUUUGUGAUUUUUGCUCUCUACUCCAGCAAACAAUUGAAAUAAAAGAAUGUGCAGAUUCAGUUUUAGCUAUGUAUGACACCUUUUAGCUAUGUAUGUCUCUGAUUGAUGGGGCGACCUGGCUCAGGCAGUAAGAGCAGUCGUCUGGCAGUCGGAGGGUUGCUGGUUCGAUCCCCCGCCCGGGCUGUGUCGAAGUGUCCCUGAGCAAGACACCUAACCCCCAAAUGCUCCUGACGAGCUGGUCGGGGCCUUGCAUGGCAGCCAAUCGCCGUCGGUGUGUAAGUGUGUGUAUGAAUGGGUGAAUGGAGAAGCAUCAAUUGUACAGUGCUUUGGAUAACGGCGCUAUAUAAAUGCCUGCCAUUUACCAUUUGAUUGAUGUAUUCUCCUUUUUCAUCCUAAUGAUUGCCUGUUUUACUGGCAUUGACACUUCUUUGGUUCUCAUGUUGAGAGACCACAACAACGGACUCCAAAUGCAGAUGGCGCUCCCAGAAACAACUCUAGACCUUCUGCUAGCUCUUUCAUGCAUGGCAUAAUGAUGAAACUUAACACACCUGUCCAAGAAACAUUUGAACAGCCAAUUGUCCAAUUACUUUUCAUCCCCUAAAAUUGAGGGACUAUAUAAAAAUGGUUGUAAUUCCUACAUGGUUCACCCAAUAUGGAUGUUAGAAACUUAGAAUUAAAGCUGAAAGUCUGCACUUAUACCACGCUGUUUUAUUUGAACUGUUUGCUUGAAUAAAGACUGAAACAACACAAAA